ACAUAUUUUUCAAUCUGUACGUAUCAAGGAUAUAAGAAGAUGAAGAGAGAAGGUUCUCUAUUUCUCUCUUUUAUAGUAAUUUUGGCGGUUUGCGGUGCUGGGGUGGAGGCAACGGGAUUAUUGCCUCCAGAGUCAACACCGUUGAUCCGCCAUUACUACAAGGUUCAUAAUACAUGUGCCAAUGUUGAACCUUUUGUUCGACACCAAGUGAAGUCUUUAUAUGACAAGGACAAGACCAUAGCCCCCAAGCUUAUUAAAUUGUUGUAUGCUGAUUGCAUGGUUAAUGGGUGUGAUGCAUCGAUUUUGUUGGAUGGUGACAACACGGAGAAAAAAUCGCCUAAGAACCGCGGACUAGCCGCGUUUGCAGUGAUUGACAUAGCGAAAAAGGUUAUUGAAGCAAGAUGUCCUGGAGUAGUCUCGUGUGCUGAUAUUCUUAAUAUUGCUGUUAGAGAUGCUGUUUACUUUUCGGGUGGACCGUCAUACCCAGUUUUCUUGGGAAGAAGAGACGGGAGGAAAUCGGAUGCUGCGUGGGUUGAUCUACCCUCGCCGUCGAUCUCGUGGGAAUCAGCUCUCAAAUACUUCACAGAUAAAGGUUUAAAUUUGCAAGACAUGGUUACACUUCUAGGAGGACAUAUGAUGGGCCGAACUCGUUGUAGCAACAUCUUAGACCGACUAUACGACUUCAACAAAACAGGGAAACCCGACCCGACAAUGGAACCAACCACAUUAAGCAUCUUACAAAAGCAAUGUCCCAAGAAGGUGAAGUUGGGCCAGCCCAAUCCUCUUAUAAACUUGAACCCGGAUAACCCAACACACAAGUUUACCAAUUCUUACUACUCAAGAGUGUUGGCAAGUAAAUCUGUUCUAGGGGUUGACCAACAACUAUUGUAUGGUACUGACACACAUGAUCUAACCGAUGAAUAUGCUAAUGGGCUUGAAGACUUUAAGGGUGGAUUCGCUUACUCGAUGAGCCGGAUGGGGGGACUCAAGGUUCUUACCGGAAAGAACGGUGAAAUACGAAAGAAUUGUCAUGUUGUUAACAAGUAGAUCGACCUAUACUUCAUGUCGACAAUGAAACUAGCUACAUAUAUACAAAUAUAUGUGUGUAUAUGACAUAAAAGUGAGAUAAAUAUGAUCAUUUUGUAUUAUUGAUCAUAAGUGAAUUCAUGUUCAUGUACUAUGUUUUCGUUAAAUCCUUGGAUUACUGAAUAUUAAUUUUUCAAAACA